UUGAACAUUUCUUUUUAAAGUACAGAUAAAGCAAAACUUUCCAAAUGUUAACACAAUCGAUUGUGUUAAGUUUAUAAUCGAGCUGCAAUGCAACGCUGUAUGCCAAAAUGCUAAAGCAAUAACGAAACGCAAUUGGUUAUUGACAUAUUGGCGUGUAGCGAAGCUUUCGGCAAUGAAUGUAGCAUUUUUAUCACAUAAAAUGUAUUUAUAAUAGUUUUUAAGCUAUUUUAACUAAGCAAUAUGUAUGGAUAGUAUAUAAGUGAUCAUUAUAAACGUCCCUAAACAGUUUUAAAGUGAAAAUACGACAGUGAAAAGUUCAAAAUGAGUGUCCAAAAGAGUAACGGGCCCAUCAUAGACCCUGCGUUAUGCAGAUGUUGUAGAGCUAUAAAGAAAUGUAGGAUUCUAACAGCGGAAUAUAACUGGAUGGGCAAGAAGGAAGUCUACGCUGACAUGGUCAUGGAUUGCUAUGGCAUCUUGUUGUCGCAUGUAGAUGACAAUGAGAAGGACUCCGGCGUCUGCGCUACGUGUGUGGUGCGCCUGCGUGAAGCUAUAGCGUUCAGACAGCAAGUACUCCAAUGCGAAGAGCUGUUCUUACAGGCAAAACUGGCUCCGCCCGAGGAAGAUACUAAUACCAUUACUAACUAUGAAAACAAACUGAAAAAGUUGGAGCUAGAGAAUAUAGAGCUAAAGACUGAGCCGAAGGAUUACAACAGCGACCACAACUCCAUAGGGGAUGAUCGGGACGACGCGCUGCCCACAUAUAGCGAUGACGAAGACAAUAAACCCCUAAAACCCGAAUCCAAGCCCGGAGACUUGCCCAAAGACUCCGAAGUGAAGAGCGAAGACUCUGAAGACUUCAACGGGAGCUCCAGCGACUCUGACGAGCCAAUCAAGAAGAAGGCGAAACGGAAGAAGAAGGCAAACGGGAAGGAAAAGAAGAAGACUGCUAAGAAGCAGAAAGCAGACACCAACCAGCUUUCCGAAGCCACGGAAACCUCAGACGCACUGCUCACCGAAGAGAUUCACAUCAAAGAAGAACUCCUAAUAGAAUUCGAAGAGUACAGCGAUGAAGAAUAUUCAGAAAUGCCCAUCGAGGAUGUCUCCGGGCAACCGGAGCCUAAGAAAAAGAAAGCAUGGGUUCGGAACAGACCGGAAGGUCUCACCGAAUAUGAAUGGCUGUGCGGAGAGAGUGAACAGACCUUUCAUGAAUAUAUGAAUAUGUCGAAGGAGUCGUUUGAAGAGUUGCAUAGUAUGGUGGAGUUGCUGAUUGAGAAGAUUGAGACGAAUUUUAGAAAAUGUAUAUCGACGAGGGAGAGAUUGGCCAUAUGCUUGAGGCACUUUCGCGCCGGGCUGUCAUUCAAAGAGCUCGCAAUGAAGUACAGAGUUGGUCGAACCACUGUCGCCUCUAUCAUCAAAGAUGUCUCCCGAGCACUCUGGGGCACUCUACAGCCUCUCUACAUGCCUGCCCCGAAGGAACAUACUUGGAGACAAGCCGCAGAAGGUUUCAAAGAACUCUGUAACUUCGCCAACUGUGUAGGCAGCAUCGGAGGCAGACAUAUCGUAGCUAGACAGUUAUCCGAAGACAGGAGAUCCAAAAAACCUUUUCAACCGACGGAAGAUUAUCCAAGCGUAUCCAACAAAAACUGUCACAGAAGAUUUGUGACCGUUGCACUUUUAGCUGUCACCGAUCCGUACCACAAAAUACUCGCUUUAGACAUUGGAAACUACGCGAAAGAUGGCCACAAUAAUAUAUUAGAAAACACUAGAUUCUUCACUAAGUAUAUGGAUAAGAAAGAUUUUUUACCAUGGACACCGUUGCCCGGAGACACUGAACCGACCCCAUAUGUUCUUCUAAACGAUGGAGCGUUCACAAUCCGACAUAAUCUGUUAAGAUGCUUUCCCAAAACCCAAGGAUCGACUGCGGAGAGAAAAAUAUUCAACCAGUACAUCGAAAAAGCUUGUACGGUGAAUAAAACCUUCGAGAUGCUCAUGAAAUCAUGGACGAUCCUACUCAGUCCGAUGGAGACUGCUGUAGACACAUCGGUAGCUAUGCUUAAAGCGAUGUGCUGUUUACACAACUAUGUUUUAGCGAAGCAUGAUAAAACGCUACCUUAUAAAACACAGAAGAGGAUUGUUAAAGGAUCGAAGAGAAAGCUCAACGGUCUAAAACUGUUUAAACCGACCAAUCAUAGGGCUUCUAAUGUGGCUGUGGCCGUUCGAGACAGGUUCAUGGCUUAUUUGAACCGUUUGGGACCACUUGAUCUUACGGAUGAACCGGAAGAGUUAGAUCCGAGCGAAUUGGCUGAAGUCACUAUUGAUGAUGAUGACGAUGAUGAUGAUGAUGAAACAAGUGAAUUAAUAACAGAUGAUUGUACUGAAAUAACUACGGAGAAGCCAAAUGAGACAACGCAGUUAAUAACUGAUGUCAUUUUUGAGAUUGACAUUGAAGAAACAAACAAACCAAAUUGUUCAGAAAACACUCUAAACUCACUUGGUACACAAAAUGAUGAAAAAGAAUCAUUAAAUGAAUCUAAUAAUGAUUUGGCGACAGUGGAACGGUUUAAUGAACCGUAUAAUGAUUCGGUGCCAGUAGAAUCAUUAAAUGAACCUAAUAAUGAUUUGGUGACAGUGGAAUUAUUUAAUGAACCAAAUAAUGAUGAAGAAUCCUCACAGGGAGAUGAUAAUGUUUAAAAUUAUGACUUCAGAGUUAACAAAUGAACCUCUAUAUUAAUAAAUUAUUUGAUGAUUGGUUAUAAUUGAUAUGGUUAUUUGAUUUUAAAUUGUUAAUACUGUUUUAUGUAUAUUUUGGACAUCGAAAUGAUAUCGAAAAUUCUUAGAAGAAAUGUUUCUUAAAAAUUAUAAGUGUAAUUAUAAAGUUUAAGAAAAACGUACCUUGAAAACAUGUAAGUACCAUCAUAGAUUAAAUAUAAGAUCAUACCAUCCCAUACAUUAAAAUGCGA